AAAAACAACUCAAUUAUUCUCAUGUUCAAUCACAAUUUCAUCCUCUCUCUUUUAUGUGGUCUGAAUCUGAUCAUCACUCUAUUUUAUCUGAUAACCCCUUUGUUGAAGUAGAACUUGAUUGUUGCAGUUUCUUACAAGAAAAAAUGGAGCUUUGGGACAAAAACAUGAAGACAACAGAGGUUGUAUUUGAAGCAGUUUUGCCUGUACUGAAACUCCUUUCAAUGGCUUUAAUAGGAUUACUUCUUUCCCAUCCAAAAAUCCAAAUGAUUCCAAAGCCUACACUUAGGCUUUUGAGCAAACUUGUUUUCUUUUUGUUUUGGCCUUGUUUGAUAUUCACUCACCUUGGUCCAGUCAUUAGUGUUAAAAAAUUCAUUCAAUGGUGGUUUGUUCCAAUUAAUGUGGUCAUUAGUACCGCCGUCGGUUCGGUUUUGGGUUUUUUCGUGGCGUUAAUUUGCCGGCCGCCACCGGAAUUCUUUCGGCUAACUGUGAUAAUGACAGCGUUCGGGAACACCGGAAACAUUCCCCUUGCCGUAGUUUCGUCAGUGUGUCAUAAUGAAGAUAAUCCUUUUGGUGGUACAUGUUAUGAUGGGAUUGCAUAUGCUGGAUUCUCACAAUGGGUUUCGGUGGUUCUUGUUUACACUCUUAUUUAUCAUAUGAUGGAGCCGCCAUUGGAGUAUUACGAGGUUGUCGAGGAAGGAACCGAAAUCGAGGAACUAACCGAUUUGCCUACGGAGAAUGAAAAUGAUCUUAGUACUCCACUUCUUAUCGAAGCAGAAUGGACCGGAAUCGAGGACCAACGGACCGAACAUUGCCAAACACCAUUAGUAGCAACUAUUUUCAAUAGCAUCUCCGAUGUGUCACAAUCCAAUAUCCCGGAUAUCGAAUCGAUUCGAGAAAUGCCGAGUAGCCCCAGGUCAUAUGGGUGUUUGGCUGAGCCUAAAGUAGUUAGAAAGAUUAGAAUCGUCGUGGAACGUACGCCUAUCAAUCAAAUUCUUCAACCUCCAUUGACUGCUACCGUGUUAGCCAUUGUUAUCGGGAUCAUCCCACAAAUAAAAGCUACGGUUUUUGGUUCCGAUGCUCCGUUGGAUUUCAUCACGGACAGCCUUGCUAUGAUCUCAGACGGAAUGGUACCCGCUGUUAUGCUUGUGCUAGGAGGAAUGUUAUGGGAAGGACCGAACGAGUCGAAGCUCGGGCUUCGAACAACAAUUGGGAUCGUUGUCGCUCGGCUUUUGAUACUUCCAUUGGCUGGGAUCGGGAUAAUCUAUUUGGCCGACAAAUGGAAUUGCUUGAUCGCCGAUGAUGCGAUGUACAGAUUUGUUCUAUUGAUGCAAUAUGCAACACCGAGUGCCAUAUUGCUUGGUGCCAUUGCGAGCCUGAGGGGGUAUGCAGUGGGGGAAGCUUCGGCUCUUUUAUUUUGGCAGCAUGUGUUUGGUUUGGUCUCUAUUUCAGUGUAUAUAUUCAUCUAUUUCAAGCUGCUGGUUACUCUUUUCUAAGAAAAGGGUGUUGAUUCAUGUUCAGUUGCUAACCAGAGAGAUUGUCAUGGAAAAUAGAUUUCUUGAUAAAGUGAAAGAUAAUGCGACUGUCCGGAUAUGGUUCGAGAAGACACAAGAAGAGAAGGGUCACAGCCUAACGGAGGGGUACGUGUCAGAAUUAUGGGAUUUCACUCGCAUCAGUGUGACUCAGAACAAUCUUCAACAGUUGAAAGAGGUAUGGAACCAAUGGGAUGACGAAACCAAUCAAUUAUUCUACUAUAACUAUAGUGAUUUGCCUUAUUUACUCGAUGUCAAAGUGGAUAAGCACUUGUUCCGAGUUUUGGCCUAAUACUGGAAUCCCACCUAUAGCUGCUUUACUUUUGGAAAGGUAGAUUUGGUGCCCACUGUAGAAGAGUACACAACUCUGCUCUGUUGCCCGAGGAUCUAAGCCGACAAAGAUUAUUCUAGAGCCGAUAAAGCUUAUUCUAGAGCCUCCAACGUCCCGACUUUCCUAAAAAAGUUGAUAAGUAUAACUAGGAUGAGCUAGCAAUAGGUUAUGGCCCGAAUUAAACAAAAGGGAGAUAGCAAAUGCAUCCCUUAAAAAAGUUAACGGGAUAUGAUUUUGGCACAUCUGGAUACGAAGAAAAGAGUUGACGUUUUCGCCUUGAGUAUUUACGGGUUGGUCAUCUUCCCCAAAGCACUAAGGCACAUCGAUGAGGCAAUUUCAGAUAUAUUUGACAGAAUUGACAAAAGGGUCAGGCCCGUCCUAGCAAUUUUGGCCGAAACCUUCAGAUCUUUGAGUGCAUGCCGGAGAACAGGUGAAGGAAGGUUUAUCGGGUGUGCACAACUCUUAUUAGCAUGGUUGCAUAGCCACUUUUGGAAGGUAGAAAAAGGUCUCUUAUCGAGUAUUCUCCGAGAACUACUCCCCGUUGAAAGAGUUCGUGGCUACCCCAAUACGAGACAACAUUUCAGAAGAAAAAUGGAUAAGAAUUCUCCAGGGUCUCCAAGACGAAGACGUUGAAUGGAGGGCCCUUUGGAUGAUCCCUGAUGAAAUUUUGUACCGAUGUGGAGACUUCGACUAGGUCCCUCUAAUCGAGAUAUGGGGAGCUAUUGGAUAUGCCCCUCUGCUGUAUUGAGGCAGUAUAGGUCGAGGCAAUUUAUAUCGGUAACACAAGGGUUGACUCAGUGUGAGUUUGCGUACAAAGGUGAUAAUUACAAGAAGAAGGUUCGUGAAAUAUCAAACGCUUGGAAUCAAACUCACAAAAUGAAAAGGUUUGCCGCAAAUUCCAUGACGACCCCUGAAUACGAUUGGUGGUGGGGUAAACGAAUCAAUGGCAAUAUUAUUGUGUCAAGUUAAGAAAACACUCGGCCAAUAGAAUAACACUUCCAAGUGGUCCCGUCUGACCUAGAGAUCAUAAAGCAAGACAUUGAAAUGAGGAGUUUGGAGUUGGGGAAAAAGAUAGAACAGUUGGAAGAGGAAAAGAUUCAGCUAGGAUUAAACAUCGAUGUCCAAAAGUUAGAAGGCAAGAAAAUGAGAAAAGGAAAGCACAAGUUUGAGGAAUACUUGGACAGUCUAAAAAAUAGAUUAUAAGAAGUUGCGUUUGUCGAUGAAGACUAUCGGGUUGGGUAAAACAUCGGAACAAUGGUGGCAAGAAAUCAAAGAAGAAAAUAUUAGAGCUGACAGUGGGAAAAAAAUUCCAAGAUGCUCGAGUUCGAGAAAAUGCUCUAGAAAGGGAUUUAUUAGAAAAUAGAAAUGAAAAGGUUGGAUUAAGAGCCCGAGUAGCAGAAUUAGAAAGGUCACUGCACCAAUAUCGAGUUGAAAGCAAGCCUAAAUAAGAUUGAAGAAUUGAAAGGAAGGAUAGAAGAGCUCGAGGAUGCACUGUAAAAUUGUGAACUUAUAGUUGAGCUUCUUGAAACGAACAACGAACACUGGAAAGAGAAACUCCAAUGCUUUCAAAGUUAGAUUAAGGUUAGAGAUCACAUCAUGGGCGAAGCUGUGACUCAAGUACGGAAAGUAGUCAACCAUUUGCAAACCUUAGCAGUUCAAGUCGACAUGCUAAGCUUAAAAUACGAAUCAGAAUCAAAUCGGGGCUGAGAAUUAGUUUGGCUUCUUAGGAAAGUCAAGGCUCUGAGUAUUAGGGUAAGGUCGUAUAUGUAAAAUAUCUAUUUUUUGUAAAGAGAUUUGUUUUCUAAUAAA